GUAUAUAUACGCUGUGUGUUUUUCAUCUAAAUGUAGCUGACGAUGAUUACAGUUGUAAUUGAAAGCUUCUGUUUUAAAUAAAAAUUUUAAAACUAUGAUUGUUGAAUUAAUACAAUUAAUCUUAUCGUUUAUCAAUUUAUUAUCAACAAACAAUAUUGAAAUAGUUAAAUGGUCUAAUAAAACAACAUUAUACAAUGCGGCACAAAUUACCACUAUCUGCAUUUUUACAAACGCCUGAACGAAUGGUCAAAGAUUAGUCUAUUCUAAAUGAACAAACACCAUUUGCAACUCAUAUUACGUACAAAGAUGAUCUUGAUUUAGAAGCAGUCGAAUGGGUGAAAAAAGUUGAUAAGACACAAAUUUUACAAUUGACUACAUUUAACUUUGUGAUACCAUCAAAAGAUCGAAAAAUGAAUACAUCAACAUGGGUUAAUCUAUUACAUUCAAUGGCAUGGGAUUCAUAUGAUCAUUUUAAAGGUUGGCUUCAUUCAGCAGGUUUAUUAGAUUUUUCUCGUUUUUUACUACCAAUAUUUUGUACGUGUCGAUAUGGUCUCAAAGAAUUUGCCUGUGUUCAUGCAGUUGGUAUGAUGAUGUUAUGGGGUACUCGACAAAUGCCGCAAGAAACUGGAAACCGUCGAGGAAAAGGUCGUCCGAAAAAAGUAAAAUAUGCAUUAUCAAAAGACUGA